AUGGCUGACGAAGGUAACACGGCUUUGCAUGGCCUGACGGCGGACGGUACCGAGGUCCUGCAGAGGUUGCUGGAGCAUGGCCUCGACAUCAACGCGGUGAAUGGCAUGGGUGAGACGCCUUUGCUGUCGCACCUCCGCUGCGGCGCCCCCAGCUGUCGCCUGGUGCGGGAGAUGCUGAGCGCCCGCGCGGAGGUUGGGCGCAGUGACAUGAUGGGCGAGACGCCGCUCAUGGAAGCUGCUUGCAUGGGCGACAGGAGUCUUUGCCUCCUCCUGCUGGAGUCCAAGGCUGACAUUGGCCAGUGCAACCUGCAGGGCCAGCGCGCUGAAGCGCUGGCCAGCACCGCCGGCUUCCCGGACCUCGCGGAGCUCCUAGGUGACCCCCGACAGCCGUGGCGGAAGGCGGAGGCGCUUACGUCACAGGCUGCAGAGCAAGUUGAGGAGGCCGUGGCAAAGCCUGCGGCAGAGAGACCCAGAGGUCGACCGGCCAGGGGCGCUCUCCGACAGAAGUGCGAAGAGCAGGGCAUUCCUUUGGACCUUUUGGGCCAGCUGGCAGCUGCCGAUCUGUUGCGGGAGAAGGAGAGAUUGCAGGCCUUGUCCUUGGAAGCUUUGGCGGCGGAGGCGGGCGACCAAGGCCUGGCCGAAGGGGACCGCCGGCAGCUGGCGGCGCGGCUUUGGCAUUUGCGGCUGUGGAAGCUGCUGCCCCUGCAGGCGUUGCAAGAGCAGUGCCGCCAAGAAGCCUCGCAUGUCGUUGUGCACAUGCAGUCCGCAGAGGGGGAGCCGCUGUCACGCGAGGAACUGAUCGAGGCGCUCGCUGUGGCGAAGUGGGGCGGGCAAACCAAGAGCCAGCAGAUCAGCCAGCGCUGCGCUGACAAAGGCAUUCCGGAUGACAAGCUGGAGAACCGCGCCCGUGCGGAGCACCUCCUGUCCCAUUUCGUCUCUCUGGAGUCGAUGGGCCGUGCCGACUUAGCGCGCAGGUACAAGGGUGUCGGCUUUGCUUACGGCGACGACCUCAGCGAGGAGUUCAUUGUCUCGGCGCUGAAGGAGUACGCGCUGUGCCAGGAGAUGUCCUUGUCGCACCUCCGGCAGCUCUGCAAGGAGAAGGGCCUUGCCAUCAGGGGGGAGCACCGCCGUGCCGACCUGCUGAAGCUACUCAGCUUGGAGAGCUGGAAGCCGUUCGACAUCCCUGUGACCAAGCUGCCCAGCAUUCUGGUUGCUCAAGGGCUGCUGGACCAAGUGCAGCGCUUGGCAAAGAAGGAGCUGUCGCAGCUCACCGCGGAGUGCCGGCGCCGGCAGCUGCCGGCGGAGGCGGCUCCGGCGAAGGAGGCGUUGCUGGGGCGCCUUAGGAUCAAAGCCCUUUUCAUGUUCCUGUGA